AUGACUCUCCUCACGCUAGACCUCUCUCAGAUCGACCAAGUGCUAACAGCGCUAGAUGCAGAAGUGUCGGUUGUCACGCGAAGUACCGACCCGGAAAACUUUGUGAAUGCGCUCAGAUUGAACAAGAUCGAGGCCAAUUUGGACCAGCUCCGAAAGGAGCUCAUCUCCUUAAACUAUCACCAGCACAAAAACACCGAUACAUACAAACAAUUUGUCCGGUUGACGGAGCUAGUGGCGUCUGCCAAAUUCCGGUACCAGGCAUCCAUAGAAGUAUAUGAGGGCGUCCAGACAGAAAGACAGCCCGAACCGGUAGUCGAGCUGAGCCCUAGUGACAGCGGUGAGAGCUUGGCAGAAUUGAGGCGACGCUUGUUGAAGGACGGAACACAGGCAAAGCUCCUCGACAGCUCGUCGCCAGUGGCACAAAACAACUACCACGAAAGUUUGCAGAAUGAUUUAGUGGAGGACAUCUCGUCUCUUGUGUCGGUGUUGCGCUCCUCGGCAUUGCGGUUCCAGGAGGAGUUGCUUGAAGACUCGGAGAUUUUGCAAAAGACCAUGUCGUCGAUUGAUGAGAACUCCAACUUGAUGAGGAAUGUGAAUGGGUUUUUGCGGCAAUACAAUUUGAACACGGGCGAUAAAGUGUCGUUCUGGUUUUUGCUCAAAGCGUUGGGGUACGUGUUGGGGCUGUUUUUACUCAUGUUCAUGACUAUCCAGUUGUUCAAAAGCUAG